AUGGUGGUGGCGGAUGUGCCAGCUCUCAUGGACAUUGCCAGUACCCUGGCCCAAGAUGAGAUCCCCUUCAAGCUGCGAUGUGCCAUGUGCAAUAAGCUGGCGGUGAACGCAUUUCGUCUCCCCUGUUGUGACCAGUCCAUCUGUGAGACCUGCCAAGCUUCUCUCUCGGACACAUGUCCUGUCUGUACACACACCCCCGUCUCGCCCGAUCUCUGCAAACCCAACAAGGCUCUGCGGACCACGCUCAAGGCUUUCCUACGCACCGAAGAGAAGAAGCGGGAAAAGGACCGUCAAUCUGCAGCGCCUCCAACACCAUCCAGUAUCACACCUGCAGAUACAAAAAUAUCGGCAGCUCCCGAGCAAAAUGCGGUUGAGCAGGUGACAUCUGUGGAGACGGCGGAUCAUACGGAGCCUACAGAGUCGAAGUCUCAAGUGCCGGGACCAGACACAGCGGUGCCAGCCACAGUUGGAGAGAGCAUUGCAGACCCAAGUGUCCCAGGUUUGGCAAAUGAACCAGCUCAGCCCGAGGCAACUGGUGAUCAACUCAACGGUACCGAAACGGCCCUUGAAUCGACGACCGAAGAUGCCGCAGUUAACGAAACCCCGCUGAACGGAGAACCUGUUCCCGCUCCUGGGGAGGUUCCUGGGGAAUCCGGUAUCUCAAACGUGGCUGGAAACUUCCCCGUGAUGGGCUGGAACGGAAACGGCAUGAAUCCUUUCAUGGCUGGCAUGUUCAAUUACCCGAAUACGAUGGGUAUGCCGAUGGGGAUGGACCCGAUGGCAAGUCAGGGGAUGUACGGAAUGAACAUGACUGGCAUGGGCAUGAACACUGGGAUGAACUACAACGGGGGCAUGUAUGGAUCCUUAGGAUGGGACGCAUCCCAACAGAACAACAAUAUGUGGCAAGGCGGCCAAAAUAAAUUCAAUCCAAAUGCUUUCGCAAAUGGCACGGGUCCUCCUUAUGGAGGUGCAUUUGGCGGGUCUAAUAUGUCUGCUUACCCUUCUCACUCAGACUACCAGUCCGGUUACUAUGGCGGUUACGGUCGCGGUGGAUACCGAGGUCGCGGCCGUGGCCAGUUUCAUGGCCCCGGUCGAGGUGGCUUUGGACCCAUGCAAGGUCAUUACCGUCAGGCUAACUCAGGCUAUGUCAACCAGAACCCAAGCAUGGCUAAUGGCCUCAACGGUACUCCAAUGGAUGCUGAAGGUAAUGUCCAAACAGAUGAGACUGCAGAAUCAGGUGAAACUGGACCCGAUGUGCCGGGUAAUCCAGAAGAUAUCCCCACAGACCAACCCCAAGGAAUUCCCACCAUUGACAGCCUUGAUAAUUCUGUACCAACUGGCCCUGGAUACGGUCACAUGAGUAAUGAGUAUGGUCAAUACAGGUAUGGCCGAUAUGGACAAGAACCGGGGCCGGGCGUCGAAGGCGCUCCAGCUGCUCCGCGUGCCAUGCGGCAGGGGCUACCCAACACCAGCGUUCUGCGACAACGUGGCUUCCAGAUUCAGGGUCGAGGCAGUAUCUCCUGUGAACCCUCUGAGGAUAAUCGCACAAAGGCUACAUCCAUCGCUCUGUCCCAACGUGCGCAUUCUCGAUCUCAAUCUCCCUCGCAAAAUCCAACUUCUCGCCCCCGUUCACCAUCUGUUCGUGGUACUGAAGACGAUCGUGACAGUCGGCGUGGGGCAGAGACCAAACGCCUAGAUCGGGUUGAUGAGCUACAAUCCGUCGCCCGGCACUCUCGCUCUCCAUCCCGCACAUCCUCUCGUCCAUCCUCGCGGCGCCGACAUCACGACAGUGAUCGGGAGCGAGAUAGAAGAGACAAGCACCGGUCGCAACGCUCCCGUCGUCAUCGCAGCCGUAGCCGCAGCUCCAGUCGAAAGGGCGAUUCCCGUCCCUCUGAUCGCCUAGAAAAGGUCGCAGAGAAAGAUGGAUCAAACGGCAGGAUCAAAGCAUCCUCCGAAGCCCCAGGGUCGCGCGAUCUAGCAAGCCGAAUCAGCAGCACCUACCGCUCCUCCAAGGACAGAGGAAGCCGACGCGAAGACGACAGAUCACGAGAACAGGACAGAGAUCUCCGACGCCGAGAUCGUGAGCGAGACCGCGACCGACGUGGCAGAGACCGCGAUUCCGAUCGCGAACGACGCCGUGAUGGCGACCGCGAUAAAGACAGAACUUCAGAGCGCGACCGAGAUCGACCAAGGGAGCGUGAUCGUGACCGUGAUCGCAAGCGCUCUCGCCGUGAUCGGUCCCCGUCUGCCAUCGGCGGCGACCAUCCCCCAGCCCGUCGUGUGAAACGUGCCGAUGAGGACCGUAGUCGCGACACGAACGGAACCUCAACCAAGAGGGCCGAGAUCAAUAAAGACCCUUACACCCUUGAGCGUGAAGCGCGCAACAAGGAGCGUCUCGAGCGUGAGCAGCAGCACCGUGACAAGGCCAAGUCGUCUGGCCGCCGCCGUGAUAGCCGGCAGGACCGUGUGGUGGCGGGCCGCCGCAUCAACUACAAGUACGAAGAUGAACUCUGA